CCCUUUGCUCAGAACAGUUCCUCUAAUGCUCCUUUACUGCUCGGAGGGACAGAAACCGAUGCCAAGGGGCAAAGGAGACUGGCAGUGCCCGGCGAGCCUGGCUGGAACCCGGGGGCAACCUGGCCUUUCUUUGGCACUAUGUGGCUGGCUGGUGCCGCCUUGAUAUCUGGUCUGAUCGUUGUCAUAGCGGGCUUGGUAGAGCCUGAGCCACUGUGCCCGCAGCCAGCUAUCUCACCUGAUGCAGUCGUCAGUCCGCCAGGUACAAAUGUUACUCUGCCUUGCCUAGAGGGGGAGCUAGAGAACACCACUUUUGUGUACUGGAGGUUAGAUGGACGGAAUAUAAGUUUGUACCGUGGAAAGCAGGUGGUGGCAGGCUCCCAUCUUUUCCUGUCAUCGGUAUAUUACGACGACUCUGGCUGGUACAGUUGCCACGCUGGCGGCCAUGUCCUCCGCUCUGUGCGCCUGCUGGUUGAAGAGCUUCCUGAGGUGCCGAAUUUCACCUGCUUCCGCAGAAGCUUCACCAAGGAUAUUCUGUGUGAGUGGAAACCAUCCCGCCAGGUGUCUCCUCGCACCAAAGCCAAACUGUGGGUAGCAAAAGGUUUCACGCAAGGGAACCGUACAGAACAGCAAUGCCGCUAUUACAGUAAAUCCCAGAAAUUUUCUUGCCGCAUUGUGGUGACUCACCAAGAUGAUGACAUCUCCCUGCUGGUGACUAUGUGUGUCGUAAACACCGCGGGCACUGCUACGAGUGACCACAAAUACCUCAGGACCAGCAGUCUAGUGAAGCCAGAUCCACCAGAGAAUGUCAUCGUGGCGGCUGUGGAGAACGCCCCUCGCCAACUUCUUGUGACCUGGCGUUACCCAUCCUCAUGGGGCUCCAAGAUCUACCAUCUUCGGUUUCAGCUCCGAUACCGGGCUGAUGUUUUGCAGACAUACUCGGAGGUUGAGCUUCCGUUGGAGGUAACUUCCCACAUCAUCCAAGAUGCCUUGAAAAACUUCCUCCACAGGGUUCAAGUGCGAGCCCGGGAAGAAUUUGACUUUGGAACCUGGAGUGAAUGGAGCCGCGAAAGUACCGGGACCCCCUGGACAGAACCCCCGGAGCCCAAGCCAGAAACCGUUUCAAACAUUUCCAAGCUCCCUGCUGAUUAUAACUUUGUUAGCCCGGAUUUGUCCACGACUUCGGAGUUCCCCAUCGACCUGGAAAAGCCAUCUGCUGCCAUGGGCGUGGCUCUUCAUACAUUCCUCAUCCCGGCGAUAACUGCGAUCUUGGUCCUCGCCCUGGUUGUUGGCAUUGUCAUCAGGUACCGGAAAAAGUGGCGGAUGCUGCCUUUGGGAGAGGGGAAGCCCAAGACCAUACCGACGUAUUCCCUGGCUCCUCUAGCUUCUGAGCCCCCUCUGAGUGCAUCUCCACUCCUGUCCCCUCCUGCUUCGCCCUUGAGCGAGAGUUCUGUGGACAGCCCCAGAAUCCUGGAAAACAGCCCGUACGACAUUUCUAACGCAGACUACUUCUUACUGCCCAGGUAGCUGGCAGGCAUUGGCUUAGACGAUAUCAAAUACCGCAAUGUCUCCAGGCUGGACUUCGGGCGUGGGUGGCAUUUCACACCGGAGAAAUGGAACAUAACACCGGCCCCCCUGUCUGGAAAGCAUAGGUGCUAACACCCUAUGCAUAGGUGCUAACACUUGGAUUUUGCCUUUGUUGAUUCUGUCUCAUGGAAAUCCAUGCUACUGAGCUGGGCUGGCCUCCUCCAUCCAAAAUCGUCACCUUUCAGUAAUCUGGAAGGUAGUUGCAGAAAGCUUGGUUUUUUGGUCCUCAGAAGAUACUGAAUGUCUUUGGACCCAAUUCCUACCACCUCCCUGUUGGAUGGGGUAACACAAAGGUUCUGUCUAAUAUGAUGUUUUCUCGCUCACCGUGGCUUGCCGGAGAAAAUGAUUAGAGACGCUACAAAACUGUUCCUUUCAGGGACACUUGUAGGAUUUUUCCAGACACGGAGACCUAAAAUGUUUUGGAUGUUGUCUUGGGAAGCUCGUGCCAUGACGUUAGGGAGGUAGUCAUCCGCACUACGAGGAAACAGUGUUGUUGAGACUGCAGCCGGUGACCGUGGGUAUCCAGAAAGCAGCACUGGGGUUUUCAUAAGCUAAUGAAGAGGCUCCAGAAACAGUCUCCCAUAAUGCACUGUGAAUGGCAGCAGCCACAACGCUGUGCCCUUGAAUGCAAAACAAAAACUAAACAACCCUCUGCCAAUGGCAUCCUCGCAUUGUAUCUCCUCCCCGCACAACUCUUGCGUUACGCAACACAUGCUCAGUCUUGCUGAGCUGUGAAACGAGAUUUUGCAGGAAACUCGCUCUCCAGUGACACAUCGGUUUACCCAACAUGCUUUGCGUCACAAGGGUGGGGAAUUCUUGCCACGAUGCAUUCAACGUGUGGUUGCCAAGAAAUGGAACUGUGGAGAACUUUGUUGUUCACUGAAGUUAUGAAACCCCGGGGUUACGCAGGCCCUUCGCUGCAGAACUGACUUUUUCCAUAAGACAGAACGUGAGACCAUUCUUUCUCUCUCCCCCUCCCGUUUUUCUUUUGGGUGCUAAAUUGAUAACAUUGAGCAAAAUUUGCUGCUUGGACGGAACGUGACUGGGUAAGGUGUCGCCCACGUAGGAGACAGUGAUGAAGCAGGGAGCAGGGGAGGUUAAAAGACACACGUUGCUUUCUGGGGAAGGCCGGACAGAGUGCUAAAGGAACUCAUUCAAGACAAACGCCUUGGCAACCCGUCUCUGGGGACAGGCGUGGACAAAUGCCCUUGUGUCCUGUUUAUUUGAGGCAAGAAGGAAAGUUCCCCAGAUGAGCAAACUGGACGCUUUCACAAGCUGAAAGAGCUUUUGCUUUCUUUCUGUCCUUUCUGUUCCACUCUGCCUCAAUUUCUCCUCAGCCUUCCUUCCCUUUUUUAAUUUCUCUAAACCAUUCUCUUGUGUUUCUCUCUCAGGGACUGUGCCUGCCUGUCUGUGUUUCCCCCCCCCCCAGUGGUUUAUCAAAAGUACCCUGUAUUAAGCCAGUGCGGUCUAAGUUGCCAUUCAGCCAUGAAACUCCUUGGAUGACUUUGGACCCGUCAUUCUUUCUCUCAACCGUGCCUACCUCACAAGAGUCAAAUGGAGCGAGGGAGAAGCUCCAUAAAUGUGAUAAAGCCAGUGCUGUAUAGUGGGUAGGGUGUUAGAACCCAGAUUCAAAUCAGCUAUGAAAUUUAUUGAGUGAUCUUGAGGCGGUCACUCUUUUUUAGCCUAACCUACCUCACAGGGUUGUUGUGAGGGCAGAAUAGAGGAGUGGAGAACCAUGUGUGCUUCCUUCGAUGAAUUUAGAAACCGCAUUCAUUGCCACUUUAGGGCUCCUUGGAAACUUCGCCAGGGUUCCUCACAGUUAAAAAUUCAGUCCUGUUAUCAUAUUGGCCACGUGGCAUCUAAUUCGCCAUUUCCCUUUCAUACGCAGCUGUUGUUUGGUUAUCCUCUCAGCUUUUGAGGCCCAAGAGCUUUGCACAUAUGCGUCAGGAUGUGCCCCAGAAAUCUUUGCCAUAUUCAGAGGAUCAGGUUUCUAAUGCGCAAGGGUUCAGCUGUUUGCCUAGGAACUACUAUGUAUUGGCCACAUAAACCUCUGCACAUGACAGAGAAUUCUGAGGUGCAUUUUGGCUCACAUGUGCAGAGCUCUUCGCUCUGCUGUGGACUAUCGCUGUGACACUUAACGAUUAAGAAGGGACCUUAUACACAUUCCCAAAGGACGUCUCAUUGAUUUGUUGAUAAUCCUAUGCAUAUGUAUCUACUUUUUUUUCAGUUGUGCACUCGAACAUGGUUGGUGCACCCUUUUCCCUUCCCAGCUCGAGAGGUUGAUGCUUCAUUUUGCACACUGAACACAAGAAAGUGACAGAAUUCCACCUCAAAUUGCAGGGGGAGCA